AUGGCUAACCUACCGUUGGGUGUCCGCGUUGCAGUCCGUGACUUGUUCGAGAAAGAAUAUAAAACUUUAGCCAAGAGAUUUGAAGAUACAUUACUUGAUCAAUAUGAAUUAAUUGUCAAUUGGCAGGAAGUCAAUGCUAAGCAAAAGGAAAAAUACAAGGGUUCUGAAAUGGUACGCCAUGUAAUGCGUUACUUUGCUAGUGCCGCAGCUUCCAUCGAUUCCGCAACCGCGAGAAAUGCCGAACUCGGAGACGAGCUAAUUAAAGCGACAUACGAAAAAAAGAUUGUCUUUGAAAUCGUAGAGAGCGUAGAAGGAAGAGAUCCGACGACUGCAUUUGAGAAUGGCAUAAUGUACUUAAGGACAACAUCGCAACAGUUUGGAGACGAUGUUGAUAAGGUGGCUAGUAAUCUUGAACAAAGUCUUGGACUUAAAGUAACAACUCCUGAACCAGAGAACCGUCCAAAUAUUUUUCCAAAGGCAGUGUCGACGCAGAAAAGUCAAAAACAGUAUGCUAUCAUUCGCUUGAACCGUUCUACCGCAAGAAAAGACGAUGUCCUAAGCAUUGACGGACCCGAUGACCUACUUCGAGAGCUUAAAGACUGGUUAAGGCGCAACAUGUUGCCUGGUGGUCAUACUUUCACUGACAAAGCUCGAUUCGAAGUGAUACCUAGUUUGUGUCAAAGCGAGUUGAUUGUGGAAUCCGUCGGAAUCAACAAUCUUGGAGGUUUUAGCAUCGCAAGCAUGCUAACAGUAAUGGACAAGCUCGGCUAUCAUCUAGAACAAAUGCAAUGUCACCCAACUAUGGAGAUGUACAUACUCGGGGCUCAAAUAGAUGCAAGAUAG